UUGGUUUCUGUUGAUGUCAAAAAGUUACACAAGCGCGACAUGAGGCUUCAUAACAGGACGGUGUGGCACCUGUAGACGAGGCUACACGACUGCUCUCAUCAGCUGAACCCACCGGUUACACCUGUAGAGACCGAGCUGUCUUUUAUUUCACGAAAAUAUCACAGACAUCCAGUCCGUAGGGAGACACUGGACAGACCCGUCCACGCCUUCUCUCUGUGGACAACAACCGCGAAGGAAACACGGUGGUAACGUUAUGUUAACGUGUUUGUCUCGGUCGCAUAUAACAAACAAAUAACCUACGGUCAUUAUCUGUGUGUGUGUGUGUGUGUGUGUGUGUGUGUGUGUGUGUGUGUGUGUGGGGACCACAGCCGUGUAAACCGCCCACAGUUGGGGGGGACAGUCGUGACCUCAAGUCUUCACCUAUCACCAAAAAUACACCAGCCAUGGAGUUGAGUUCAGUGAUUUUAACCACCGGGAGCUCCGUGGGAUUUUUCAAACUUGUCAACAUCGCGGUGGACAAUGUGCCCAUGCCUGAAUCUGCCCGCAGGAAUGCGUGGAAGUGGAGAAACAUCUCGACAUCCUUCGUGCAUAGUUUCAUCACUGCUAUUUGGGCAGUGCUCUGCUUCUUCCUCCACCCACAGAUGGCGGAGGACUUGAUAGAAACUCACUCUGUGUUUUCCCACAGUUUGGUGUCGUUUUCGAUUGGUUACUUCAUCUAUGACUUCUUUGACAUGAUCACGAACCAGAAGCUGAGCCAGGCCUGGGAGCUUCUCUUCCAUCACAUUGUGGUGAUCACCUGUUUCGGACUCUCUGUGCUGUCCUACCGCUACGUGGGCUUUGCCGUGGUGGCCCUGCUGGUGGAGAUAAACUCUGUGUUCCUCCACCUCAGGCAAAUGCUGCGUAUGGCCAGCAACACCAAAGGCACGCAGUACCGGGUCAACAGCAUUAUCAACCUGGGCACGUACGUGGUGUUCCGCAUCAACACGCUGGCCUGGAUGACCCGCUGGCUGGUGCUCAACAGGGACAAGGUGCCCCUCCUGGCCUACACGCUGGGCAGCGUGGGUAUGGCCAUCAUGACAGCCAUGAAUAUUGUCCUGUUUUAUCGGCUACUCAGGAGCGACUUUCUGAAGAGCAGCACUCGGGAGACCAAGAAAGAGAAGGAGAUGUAGAGAGGAGGGGACGCAAGAAGGAUUAUAAUUCACAAACACACUCUCUAAUGUAUGUUGAUGCCCUGUGGCUGAGAUUUGGUACUUGUGUGUAAUAUACUCAAAGCUUUAUCUCUCAUACUCUACAGGUACAUGCACACAAGGUGUAGUCAAAUGGUCUUACUUCAAACACAAGUCACACACAGCCAUUGUGUUAAAGCUACAUUUAGCUGUAGUUUUAACUUUAGGCUCGUGUAUGUGUGUGUGGUCCAGUCAUCCUUAAGCACCAUUAGUGACUCACUAAUGGUAGAUCCUGGGAUUCUUCAUAUAUACAAUGUAAGGCCUUGCAAAAUGACACCAAACGCCUUAUUUCCCACAGGGUGUUUCAGUUACAUCUGUUCUAUUUACUCUAAGUGAAGACGCACUGUUUGUAGAACGAACCUACCAACGCUCCUGUAUGUUGCCAUAUCAAACAUAGCAAACAAGUACGAAUAUUUUAAGAAUAUCUUUUUAAUCAUGUAUAUUUACAUACACUAUUGUGGGCUAUUUAAACUCUCACAUGACGUUUAUACACCUCUGAGCUAAAACAAAAAAAAACAGUGAACUCAAAACUCUUUCAGCAUAGCAGAGGUGAAUAUCUCUCCUCUUUUCCAAUAAAUCUCAACUCAGAAAAACACCCGCUACCUCAGAAAGCUCGUACCUAUUCUUUGCCUCUCUCUGACACAGGCUGCGAUGUCAGUGUUCAGCAGGUUCUUUGUUAUAAGAGCAGGAAAACAUAAAGAUAAAAAUCAUAUUGAAGAAUUAUGUUUGUAAGAAUAUACAGCAAAUGCUAAUCCUCACUUAAAGGAAUACUUCACCCACAAAAUGACCAACUGUAUCCUAAUUUCGCACCACAUUACCUUGAAUUAGUGAAGAAAAUUUCUGUUUUUUUCUGGCAUGCCUCCAUGGUGAAUGGAGAAUCCAAAAAACUUAAAAAAAAUUCAUAAGGGUCCACUUUCAAAAACGGCAAUAAUAUAUCAACACUCAGUUACUCCCCCUUUGUUCUGUUGAAUUCAUCGAGAAAAUUGUGCAUUUCUCGUCUGCAGAAGAAUCCAAAAACGGAGAAAAUUCUUGAUAAAUUAAGGUCAUAGGGGUCCGCCUUUAACAACAGCAAAAAUAUAUCAGAACAACUGUUUACAAACUCAGUCACUCCCCCUUGUUUUGUUGAAUUCAUCAAGAAAGUUUUGUUUUUCUUGUAUGAUUUUCUUUGAUAAAUUAAAGUCAUAGGGGUCCAUGUUUAAUUGCAGCAAAUCUAUAUAAAAAAGCUGUUUACAAACUCUCACACAACUCAUGCAGUAUAAUCCAAGCAUCAUUCAGCCAGUCUUACACUAAGUUAUUCCUCUUCUUUUUGGUCUGUCACUAAAACCUUAAUAUUUAAAACACUUUCACAUAAGCGUUCUCACACACAGACAGUUAACACCCUUGGGCUAGUGUGUGCGUUUAAACUCUGCUCGAUGGCAUGAGCAGAGUUCAAACGCAUGCCCGUGCCUAGCUGCGCUACCCAUAUGCAGAAGUGUUUUAAAUAAUAAUGUCUUAAUGAAAAUGCACGUUCGGGAAAUAAUGAAGAUACGGCUGUAUAAAUAAGACUUGUAUCGUACAGGUCAUAUGAGAGUUAAACAGAUGUUGUUAUAUAGAUUUGCUGUUGUUAAACUAGGACCCUUAUUACUUCAAUACAUCAAGAUUUUUUUCCGUUUUUGGAUUCUUUGGCGUACGAGAAAAACAAAACUUUACUGGUGAACUCAACAGAACAAAGGGGAGUAACUGAUGUACAAAUGAUCCUUUUUUGUGUGAAGUAUUCCUUUAAAGAGUAAAUAGGUUAAUAGGGUGGUGGGUUAAUGAAUACCUUGAAGACGCAUGUAAAUAAAACACCAGGUUUUUAUGUUGAUGCCGAAGCAGAACAGCGUGAUAUUUUGUAGCGUAACAGUUGUGGCCAUUUUGUGUUUUGCCAAGUUGUAUUAAAUUAUCAAGGAGAAAAAAACAGCUUGUGCCCCUCAGAUUGGAAACUGUGCUGGUCCCUGUGUCAGUAAAUCUUAGAGGAACAAAACAAAAUCAAGUACAUUCUGACUUAAUUGGCUCGUGGAUCAAUUUCAAGCCAUCACCACUGACAUCUGCUUACAUCAGCUUUCAGUAAUGGAUGGCACAGCUGUCCGCCGUAUUUGCAAGUACUCUGGAAACCUGUCAAAUGACAGAAAAGCAAAACAAGCUAAAUGACAGACAGCGCUGCCGUACAAACUUACAUUUAUCUUUUUAUGGUCUGUAUAUACUCUUGUAGUGGUCUGUGAUGGUUUAUAGUGUGCAGCAGCUCAGAUGUUAUUCUUCAUUUGGCCUUCGGAGGACAGCACACUCCUCAACAUCACAUCACUGAUCAGCCAGAGGCAUCUUUAUUUUGCCUCCUGCCUUUCAAUUUGAAAUUGACAAUAAGCACGGAGAGAUGCAGAGAAAUUCCUGAGGUCAGUGUUGGAACAAACAGGUCUGAGAUCUGUGAAUACAGCUGUUACACACACACGGCUGCCUACUUCUACCACCCACAUCAUAGCAAUACAGUCCUCGCACGGCAUGGAAAUACUUGAUGCCAUUUAUGUUUUUCUUUAUUUUUUGUGCGUGUAUAAUUUGUGGGGUUAAGUUGUGUGUAUUUGUAAUUUAUUUGACCUAGAAAGAAGUUGUGGAUUAAAGAUAAAACGAACACAGUGUUCAAUGGAUGUCCCUGUUGUGAAAAACACUUGAUUACAGUGAAGCUGAUGUGAUUGCGUAUGUAUGUGUACGUUACCCGAUUUCUACAAGGGCAAGCUCAUCGUCGCCCUAAAACCAGGCUGUCUAACCAUAUUACAAACAAGAUAAACAGAGGCAAACAUACUGUACAGAUAGAAAUUGUAAACGCAGCUGAUUAAAUGAUACAAACAAAAAUUCAACUCUUUGUCCACGAUAAAAUCAAGACAUCACUGCACUUAAGAAAAUCGCACUGUUUGUGAGGAAGUUGUUUGUUCGUUAUUGUUGACAUGGUUGAUUCCCAGACUUUAAGAUCAAGAACUUGAACGUGAAUGUAGAUUUGAAUUUUAUUUUCUUCAGAUUUUUAGGGCAGCUUGAUGUUGUGGUUGUAGUGAAGACAACUGGUGACAACUGAAGUUCUUUCUAACAAGCAUAAUUGUGAAUGUGUCGUAUAAGGUUGUAAUGUUAUUGGAAUUAUACGUUACGUUGCUGUGUGAUUUUUAGGAAUUGUGAUAGCAGCCGAGUCGGGAUGCUCCUCUCAUGAAAUGUCUUAAUGAUGCUGAGGGACCUCUGGCCAAAAACAAGCUACAACGUCCUUUAUUUUUUUUUUUUGUUUUUUUGCUCUCUGUCUGGCUUUGAUUUUUAACUAUGAUCGUCCCGAGGAGGUCACAGGAUCAUGUUGUGGUUUUAUAUUUGUAUGUAGUUGAUGAUACAAGACAAACUGUUUCAGGACAAAGUGGCAGCGGUUAUGAAGUCACGUUGCCACACUGCAAUCAUAGACAGUAAACAUGGUGGUUUCUUUUCCACAACCAACAAAUAAUACCAGUUUUAUAUCCUUACUUUUUCAUUUAUAUGUUUCCUUUUGUGUCCUGGUGGUUGGUGAAAAUGUUCUAUUGAUAAAAAUGACUUUCAUAACAACAGUGAAGACGAUACUGACACUGUGCAGCAUGUCAAGGACUUUAUAACCCUUCAUUAAGGGGAAAACACAUGGAAUACUUCAGCAGCCGAGACCAACUGAGGUCACCUGCCAUGUUUCACAGAACUUUGCCUUCAGGUGUAAAUAUAACAGUUUUAUUUUUUCAUGUUUUGACAGAUUGUUUUGUAAUUAAAACUCCAAUUUAUAUGUUUAUAUAUUAACAUUAUUUGUUUAAAUGUGAAAAUAAAGAUCACAGGAACAAGU